AUGGCUGGUCAUUCGCAUAGAUCAUCCAUUAAAAAUGGCCAUAAAGGCUUCAAAUCAAAGCACUCUAGUAAAGGUGCUUUGAAAAGACUCCACAAAGGUAAAGUUGAAAAAGAUAUUAAAACUGGUAAAUCUAAUAAGAUAUCUUCCAAGUUACAACGUAAAAAUAAAUCGAAACAAUUAAGAUUAAAAAAAAUAAUGGAUACCUUAGAAGUAAGAAAAUUGUUUGAAGGUAGCUCCGGUGCUGAAAAAAUUAUUACUAUCAUUCCAUUGACUCCAGAUAUCGAUGCAGGUGAUAUUGUUUCGAAAUUAUUAGCUCAAUCCAGUGAAUUAUCUGAAAAUGACUUAGAUUCUUUAAUAAAGAUGGGUAAUUCUGCAUUUAUUAAGGAUUUUCACAUUAAGAAAUUCAAAAGCACUUUAAAAAUUAUUGUUCCUGACAUGUCUAACUUUUUGAAUGUUUUAGAUUGUGCCAAAGUUGCAGAUAUCGUAGUAUUUGGUUUAAGUGGUACAUCUGAAGUUGAUCAAGAAUUUGGUGAACAAGUUAUCAGAGCAUUAGAAUUACAAGGUAUCGCAUCAUACAUUGGUGUUGUUCCUAACUUAUCAAAGGUUCAUCCAAAGGAGAAGUUUCAAUUAGACGUUAAACAAUCUUUGGAAAGUUAUUUCAAGCAUUUCUUCCCAAACGAGGACCGAAUUUACAAUUUAGAGAAGCCUGCUGAAUCUUUGAAUGCUCUCAGGAUUCUAUCACAAAGAUUCCCUCGUGGUGUCACUUGGAGAGAUCAAAGAGGCUACUUGCUUGCAGAUCAGAUUGAUUUUGUUGAAAUAUCAGAAGAUGCUGGCCAGUUGGUAGUCCAAGGUACUGUUCGUGGGAUUGGUUUUAAUGCCAACCGCUUAGUUCAUAUUCCUGGUCUAGGUGACUUUCAAGUUGAAGCCAUCGAAAGAAUUAGUGCUUCUGGAAGAUCUAAGAAAAAUAAUACCAAAGAACUUGAUUUGGAUCUCCAAAACGUUUUUCAAUCAAAUGAUAACAGAGAAACGUUAGAUGAAUAUAUUCCAUACGAUGCUGAAAUGGAAGAUUGGUCUGACUAUGGCGAAGACUUUCAAUAUGAUAAUUUAACUGCAGCGAGAUAUGAUGAACAUGGUUAUCUACCUCGUAGCCAGCAGGAGGAUAAAAUAAAAAGAGUUCCAAAAGGUACCUCAAAAUACCAGGCUAUGUGGUAUCUAAAUGAUGUUAUUGAGGUAAGUGACGAUGAAGAAAUUGAAGAAGAAGAAGAUAUAAUGGUGGCAAAUAAUAAUAAUGAAGAUGAACAAAUGUAUGAUGAUAUGGCAGAGUUAUCAAAUGUUACCAGCAAACUUGGAACUCAAAGUGACGCUCAAACAGAUGGACCAGAAGAAAUAUUUGAAGAUUUAAGUCCAGAAGAAGAGGAACGCCAGUGGAUGCAGUAUAAAUCGUUAGAGAAAGACGACCUAGACUUCCCAGAUGAAAUAGAAUUAAAUCCAAACGAAUCUGCUAUUGAACGUCUAAUGAGAUAUAGAGGUUUAAAAAAUUUACACAACUGUGUUUGGGAUUAUGAUGAAAAGGAUCCAGAAAAGCCAGCUGAAUGGAAUCGUCUAUUGAGAAUAGGCAACUACAAAAAUACAAAGGCUAAACUAAAUAAAGAAGCUAUUAAUGAUGCUCAAGUAGUCGCUGGGGAUCGUGCUAAAAUUUCAAUUAAUUUCCCAAAAGUCUUACUUGAAAAAAUUGGAGAUCCCAGCCAAUUAGCAUUCGUUAUCUAUGGGUUAUUAUCACACGAACAUAAAAAUGCAAUGGUUAACUUCAGUAUUCAAAGAUGGGAAGAAUAUGAAAAUCCAGUUCCAUCUGAGGAGCAAUUGAUAGUUCAAUAUGGUGCAAGAAGAUAUAUCAUUAGACCACAGUUCUCAUCUGCAUCUAACACAUCCAACAAUGUUCAUAAAUACGAAAGAUUCUUACAUCCGGAUACUAUAUCAAUUGCAACAUGUAUGGCCCCUGUUGAUUUUACACAAUCUCCUGCUAUAUUUUUCAAGCCUAAAGUUUCUGAUGUAAAAGGUUUAGAACUAGUAGGGUUUGGUUCCUUCUUGAAUACAGACCAUACAAGAAUUCUUGCAAAGAGAGCAGUUCUUACAGGUCAUCCAUUUAGAUUCCAUAAAUCUGUCCUUACAGUUCGUUAUAUGUUCUUUAGACCAGAAGAUGUGGAAUGGUUCAAAUCGAUUCCACUAUUCACCAAGACAGGGAGAUCUGGUUUUAUCAAAGAAAGUUUGGGUACUCAUGGUUAUUUCAAAGCUACAUUUGAUGCUAAGUUAUCUGCUCAAGAUGUGGUAGCAAUGUCCUUAUUCAAACGUAUGUGGCCUUUACCAUCUUUACCAUGGUCUACUUAA